AUGCAGUCAUGGGCCUGCAGAGGCAGUUGUCGCCUGCUUCGCGCUGUCCAACCCCAGUAUCGUCCGGCAGCAUGGCGAACAUUUGCGACAACGCCGGCGCUGCAGAGAUCAACUCAAGCGCAGAAGCGAAGUAAGAAGAGACAGCGAAUUGAAAGUGCUAAAAAUCCAUCUGGAAGACUGGCCCUCGGUGGCGUCACACAAUCCAUGAGGAAAAGUGUCAGCUCUCAAGAUUUUAGCGUUGUUGUCGCAUCUAUCCUGCAUGAAAUCAAACAGGGACUGGGACCGGACGAUUCGAUACUAGAAAAAUGGCCGAACUUUGAACGAUCAGUGUUAAAUGCCUGUAAGGUAGAUGAUAAAUCCCCAAGCGGGAAGUCUACCCCCCUCAGGGAAUUGAAGCUAUCGCUACAGAGGACCUACCUUAUCCGAGGCCUUUCAGGAUUGAGAGAGGACAUAGAAUAUCGAUUAUUUGCGGAAGACCUUACUGCGAAGUAUUCGCUGCCGAACAUAGAGCAUCAGAAAAAGGUGGCCGAUUUACGAUUUCCAGCAGAGUGGUACGGGCAAGCGCGCGCCAUGCAACGGACGAUUCAUUUACACGUUGGACCAACAAACUCGGGAAAGACCUAUCAUGCGUUGAAGCGGUUAGAGAGUUGCAAAAACGGGUUCUAUGCGGGGCCGCUGCGGCUUCUUGCGCAGGAGGUGUAUCAAAGGUUCAAGGCAAGUGGUGUGUCGUGCAGUCUCAUCACUGGCGAUGACGUGCAGAUUCCGGAGGGAUCGGCUCCGACGAUUGUGAGCAACACAGUCGAGAUGGCCAAUCUGGGCAAGACAUACGAGGUUGGUGUUAUCGACGAGAUCCAGAUGAUCGCAGAUCCUAGACGUGGAUGGGCUUGGACGCGCGCCGUUCUUGGAGCCCGUGCGACUGAAUUACAUCUCUGUGGUGAAGCAAGAGCCGUACCUCUUAUUCGCGAACUAGCUGCUCUUACGGGCGACAACCUUGAGAUUCACCGCUAUGAGCGACUCAACCCUCUUAAAGUUAUGGACAAGAGUUUGGAAGGCAGUCUGAGAAACCUGCAGAAAGGCGAUUGUGUGGUUGCUUUCUCUCGUCUGGGCAUCCAUGCAUUGAAAGCAGACAUCGAGAAACACACCGGGAGGCGUGCGGCUAUUGUCUACGGAGGUUUACCGGCAGAAAUCCGGACACAGCAGGCCAGUCUUUUUAAUGACCCGAACAAUGAUUAUGAUUACCUCGUUGCUAGCGAUGCCAUUGGGAUGGGUCUUAAUCUGAGUAUUAAACGUGUUGUUUUUGAGACUCUGAUCAAGAGGCUCCCCGGCUGUCUGCAAAAACUCAGCGUGUCUGAAAUCAAGCAGAUUGCAGGGCGAGCCGGUCGUUAUCGCUCUGCCGCGCAGACCAAAGGCAAAGGGGGAAAUGCCAGAAGUGAAUCAAACAUUGGCCUCGUGACUUCAUUGGAAGAUAUUGAUCUUCCACAAAUUAAGGAAGCACUGUCUGCUGAACCUCCUCCGAUCACCGUUGCCGGUCUUUUCCCUCCAGAUGCUGCCAUUCAGAAAUUUUCUGCCUAUUUCCCGCGCAACACACCUUUCCAGUACGUACUCAGGCGCUUAAUGGAGCUUACGCAGGUCAGCCCGCUAUUCUUCAUGUGUGAUCCUCAGAGCCAGCUUGAGAACGCCGAGCUCAUUGACACUGUGGAGGGCCUACGCGUUGAGGAUCAGCUAGCUUUGAUGGCAGCUCCCAUGCACUUACGAGACCCAAGGGGUGUUCAGGCUUCCCGUGCAUUUGCAAAGUGCAUAGCCGAGCAUACCAAUGGUCGUCUGUUGGACAUUCCAGAGCUGAAUUUGGAGGUCUUGGAAAGUCCGGUAUCAGGUGACAAAGGAUAUUUGCAUGAACUGGAAGUCUUGCAUAAGUCUGUCAUUCUAUACGCUUGGUUGAGUUUCCGAAUCGGCGGAGUGUUCACCGACCGAACUCUUGCCUCCCAUGUCAAGCAACUGGUCGAAGAACGGAUGGUCAGAGCCUUGACUGAGUUCUCUGCAAACAAGCAACUCAGAAAAGACGCAUCCCUUCACCGACAAAUCGCUUUGCAGAAGCAGAUUCAGGAACAGAGACGAAUAAUGUCUGCGGCAAACAUUGACUCUGCCGCGGCUAGUGACUUAACUUCGUCCAGAGUAACUCAUUCCAGUGUCCCUGACGAGGCCGCCGACCAUGCCUCGGACAAUGCCCCAGAAGAUAUCAGAACUUCCGAUGACGUUACUGAUGACCAUAAAACCUCGGAAAAUGAUCCGUUGGGAGAAGAAGAAGGAGAUAUCCCGGAAGAAGAUCUUACGGAUGACUCUUUGCCCGACGAUUUUGCCGAUAAAAGGCUUGAAAAAUGA